GAGAAAAGCCGCUUAUUCAUAACACUCCCAGAAGCAGGUGUAGGGCAGGCCACCUAGACACAUGCGUUGCAUUGUUCUUAAAUUAAAAUCUACACAUCGAGACCAAGGGGCUUCCGGAGGAAUUAAUUGCACCGGAAAAUGGUUUCGCAAUGUUAAUUGACAUUAGAUGCGCUUCUUUUGUUCGCCCGCAUCUAUACUUCCCCGUUGUGACUGUCGAGACGCACUAGUUAGGUGCGAUCGCAAAUGACUUGACAUAGAUAGCGGUGGUCGCAGGUAAACACUUUCUUUCUGAAAAAUAGAGGAAGAAUUGAACACGAUGACUGACCAGUACAGUAUGUUUCUCACCGCCGCUCCCCCUCUGAGAAGAGGAAGCACACCUCUACCAAUCAAGCACCAGCUGAGGCGGGAGGAGGCCGUAUCAGAGGACCAUGACUGGAUACCAGGGAUUGACGAGCCAGCCACGCUGCCAAUCAGUGACGCCCUUUGCCGGGAUGAAUCAUUUAGUCAGGCGUCGGAGGGGUGUCACGGGAGUGCCAUAAGGAUCGUACUACUUGGGCAGAAUGGGGUUGGGAAAUCGGCACUCUCUCUGGCCCUGGCUGGACUGUCAGACAGCUCACUGUCUGUGGACUCUGAAACAGCCUGUGGAGAAUGCUACGAGCGCACGGUGUCAGUUGACGAUGAGCAGAGUUCAGUCAUCAUUUAUGACAACUGGAAACAGGACCUGUCCACGCUGCAGUGUGAGGUGGUUGUCCUGGUGUUCUCUGUGACAGACAGGAGAAGUUUCCACCGCACCGCUCAGCUCCGCCUCAUCCUCAGGGAGUCGCUGCCCCACACUCCCAUCAUCCUCGUGGGCAACAAGAGUGACCUCGUCCGCUCUCGGGAGAUCAGCACAGAGGAGGCCCACUCCAGUGCCAUGAUGUAUGAAUGCCAGUAUCUGGAGCUGUCUGCCUCCCUGGACCACGGCACCACCGAGCUGCUGGAGGGAGCGGUGAGGGCUGCCAGGGGUGACUGCGUGGGGCCAGGCUGGACGGAGGGGGACCCUGGGGCGGGGCGCAGGGAGAGCCUGACCAGCAAGGCCAAGCGCUUCCUGGCUGGCCUGGUGCCGCGGUCCUACGGCCGAGGAGACCGGGACAGGGGUCAGUACAGGGAGAUGAGCAGACACCGGGGCAGCAAGAUCCUCCGACAGAAAUCGCGCUCCUGCCAUGAUCUCAGUGCAAUGUGACACAUCAGACAGACUGAGAGAGGAGGUGAGGUGUGUGAAAAGGGGAGGGAGAAAAAUUGAGGAAAACAGAGGAUGGGAGAUGAGUUAUGGAGGGGAAAACUGGAACGGGGGGGAUGGUGAGAAGUGUAGCAAUGGAGAGGGAGGGGCCGUUAGAAAUGAAGCUGUACCUUAGGGAACGAGAGUGCGAGAGGUGAAGUCAUUAGAAUAGCAGGAUGAGAUGAAUACUAGUCGACUCAUUAUGCAAUGUAGAGGGGGGAAAAAACAGUCACAUUGGAGAAAGAAUCAAGUAAAAAAAAGGGGAUUGGAAAACGAUUGUGCAAGAUGGAAAAUAAUGAGUGUCAAAUAAACACACACACACACACACACACGAGGCACGCACUGUCUAAUUACGUAGAGACUGAUAGAGAUCUAACGUAGACCUAGGGCUGUAUUCAAUCUGGAUCGCCGGAACGUUCCAGAUUGCGCGCUAGUUAAUGUAUUGGUCGUUUCCAAUUAAGCCGACAUAUGUAGCGUGGACCGUGAAUACGCGAUACGGAUUGAAUAGAGGCCCAUAUAUAGUUCCUGUUUUUAAAAGCAUGCUGUUACACUGUGAAUAGAGUUGCAGAGAGAGGACUUGCCCCCGUAGGCUCAUAAUAUUAUUAUUAUUAUUAUAAUGUCUUGUAUUCCCUUAUUGGCCGGUAGCUACGGUAUACAACCUCCCUCCCCUGCGAUCGCCAAUGCAAGUCCCUUUAUAAAAGCCUCAUCCGUGCUCUUUUUAUACUGUGGGUUGUCAUGUCGAUUUUCAUGUCGCUGCAUAAUCCCUUUAAAUCAGGUAUAGAUUUGGGAUGUAUUUUCUUUUUCUACCGCGACCCCACAGAGACGAGAACUUGGUUGGAGCGGGUCAUAUUACAGUAGCUAUUCUGAAAGUAAAUGUAGACUCAGGUCUUGCGGUUAUAUGAAAUCUGGCCACCUAUUCACCUUUACACUGACUCCAUGGUAAACAUCCCUGCACUCAGUUAUGAUCCUAUAAUAGGGCCUGGAGUUUUUCCUCACCCGGAAAAACUCCAGGCCCUACCUAUAUAUAUGCAGCUACUGCAGAGCCUAGCGAUAAGUAAAUGGCUCUAAAUGAAAAGAAGCAAUAGUUGUAACUAGGGCCCAGAGUUUUUCCUGUUCACAUGACUUGAAGACCUAAUCAGGGAAAACUCUGGUCCCUAUGUGUAGACACACUGGCAGAACCCACUCAACUAAGUACUGGCUGAGUCAGAGCACGUUGGGUUGCUACAGGAAGAUCGACGAAGAUGAGGGUUGAGGAGACGACAAGAGACUCAACUACCUGUGGCUGUUUCAUGUUAGAUUGUUUUUUUUGUGUUUUUUUUACCUGCUGAAAUUGUAUACACACACUACAUACAUACAUAUAGGACAUUUGCAUAUACGGAUAACUACCAAAAUAAAGGAAACACCAAGAUAAUAGUAUCUUAAUAGGGCAUUGGGCCGCCAGAACAGCGUAAAUGCGCCUUGACAUAGACUCUACAAGUGUCUGGAACUCUACUGGAGGGAUGUGACACCCUUCUUCUACGAGAAAUUCCAUAAUUUGGUGUUUUGUUGAUGGUGGUGGAAAAUGCUGUAUCACUGACUCUUCUAGCCAUGGGAGCCAAAAUAAUGGUCAUGUAUAAAAAUGUGCAUUUUUAUACUAGCCCAAUGUUGUAGUCGUGUCCCUAUGGCUGAAUUCGAGUCCAAGUCACCAAUGGUCGAGUUACGUCCAAUUUGUAAUAGGUCUUAUUAUGCAAUUGUUUCUGGUCACCACCAGAUGGCAGUAUAUUGUCACUCCCUCAUGUGGAAACCCAACUAAUUUACUAUUCAUCACUACCUCACAAGUUCUACUCAAUACCUGUGUUUCACUACUUAUUUACUACAUAAAUGAAUGGUAAGUCAGGCUCUCAACUACUUGUUUGUUAUCGACCCACUGACAUUUGUUAUUCAUUUAUUGCAGAGUGAAAACUAAAGGGAGACUGGCUAUGGGAUGCAGGGGGGAAAUUGAGAGGGUAGAGCAAGAUGACAAAUUCAAAGACCGCCUACUUUUCUAUAGUCUAGGAGAGAGACAAAUAGCUAGACUGUUGGUUUACUGUUAAACUUAAUACUAUUGUUUUCAAUUUGGUAAAGCAGACAAAGCUAAAUAGUAGGCUGGUGGUUACAGGGAAGCAAGAGACACUUGCGCGAUGUGUAGCCUAUGAUCGGAGCCGGAGUGGAUCCUGACUGCCCACAAACAUCGCUUGCUCCCCCGCAGCUCACAAGCUGAUGUAGGCUGCAUGUGCCAGGUGUGGCAGGCUUCCCACUGCUAGAGAGCAGAGUCCUCGCUGCUCUGCACACCUAGUGCCACUUAUAUUCUGCGUCUCAUAGUAGCCUAUCCAGUCCAAGUGCAACGUUACAAGAAGGUGAGUCCGAGUCAACAAUGGCAUCCUGGUCUCAGAUCAUUUUGUAUUAUUCUAUAUGUAAAUCCGAGACUCCCCAUUUAGUGUGAUAUGUUACGUUUCGUAUGGUAUGUAUUCAUUUUUGGAUGCCCAUCCAAUUCAUAUGAUAUAUUAUGAAUUCCAAUUUGUUGUGGCUAAUGUUAGGUUAAAGGGUUAAGGUUAUGGGAAGGGUUAGUUAACAUGCAAAGUAGCAAGUAGUUAAAGUUGCUAAAGUUGUCCAUGAUGAGAUUCGAACAAGUCUGAAUUUCCAGACUUUUGCAUUAUGCACCCACCCAUCCACCCCGACCAAUCACCAUCCUUUCAUUUUUGCCUUAAGUAACCUUCUGUCUUAUGUAACCAUACCUAACAUAUCAUACUUAUUUGAGUGUCUCAAAUUUACAUUUACUUUGUUACGUCUAGUCUUUGAGACCAGGCUGCCAAUGGUUGAAGUUGAGUCCAAGUCCGAGUUACCACUGGUCGAGUUCAAGUUGAGUCACAAGUCAUGAAAACGGACUCGAGUACUACAACACUGACCCUAAGCAUGAUGGUGGAUAUUAAUUGCAUAAUUAACUCAGGAACCACACCUGUGUGGAAGCACCUGAUUUCAAUAUACUUUGUAUCCCUCAUUUGCGUAAGUGUUUCCUUUAUCUUGGCAGUUACCUGUACAUGAACUACCAUAGAACAGAGCAUUACUGUGGGGGCUGGCCACACAGGCAAGCACAACCAUAAGCGUUCUGGAAACGUUGCUUGGAUGUCUUGUCCGCGUGUGGCAACUACAUUGACAUACAUUAGCUACACAUGCUCACUCAUUUGUCACUGUCUAUUAUUACACACUUGUCUUUCGAAAGAUAAUAAAUAAAUUUUGUUUGACGUCCUUGA